AUGUCAACUAAACACGAAUUGCAAUUAAUGAUGAAAACGUAUGGUUAUGACCUGAAUACCUUCACUUCGAAAGAAACACUGAUGAAUCUGUUACAUCUUCAUUCAAAAGCUCUAGACAAAGGAAUUGAUGUUCCGAAAAUGAAUGAUCAUGAACUUCGUCGUAGCUUAAACGAACACAAUAUUGUCGCUGGUCCUGUCAUAGGUCAUACACGUGCGAUCUAUCAACGAAAACUUCUGGAAGCUAUAACAAACGAAAACAGUGAAGGUGCGGAUGAUGAAACUGAAGAUGCCGAUGACGAUUUUCAUACACCACCGAUUCCUGAAGAUGGAAUUGUUACACGAAGUGGUAAAACACUAUUUCCUAGUGUCCAAUAA